AUGGACACCGAGACGAGCACACCGACACUGAAUAUCCAUCGCCUUCCAACGACCUAUCUUCCCAGCCUUCCCCCAGCAGCAGAGUCGUACAGUGAUCACCGCGACGCGCACACACCCGUCAUCAUUGAUAAUGGCUCAACUACCUUCCGGUGGGGCUUUGGCACGUCAUCCACUCCGUUUACGGGACCAAACGCGGUUGCGAAGUACAAGGAACGAAAGACGAACAAGCCCUUGCUCUUGUUCGGGGAAGCAAUCGACGCGGAGAGCGGGGCGAGAAGUCAGACGAAGACACCAUGGGAAGGCGAUGUUUUGUUGAAUUUCGACGCUUUGGAAAAUGCCCUCGACUAUGCCUUCAUCCAGCUGGGGGUGGAUACACCAACAGUCGACCACCCCAUCUUGAUGACCGAGCGCUUAUGCAGCCCUCUGCACUCACGGGCGCUGACCUCCGAGCUCAUGUUCGAGUUGUAUCAAGUGCCUUCUCUAGCAUACUGCGUCGACGGAAUCAUGUCAUUCUACCAAAACCGCCUACCGCCUUCCAACCAACCCUUUACUGCCAAUGGCCUUGCCAUCUCUUUCAACACCGCGUCGACCUCUGUCAUCCCGAUUCUCAGAGGCAAGGGCGUCCUGAGCCUCGCAAAACGGAUACCAUGGGGUCCGUCACAAGCUUCUGACUACCUCCUCAAGCUCAUUCAGCUCAAAUAUCCGAGCUUCCCAACACGAGUGACAACAACGCAGACAAAUUGGAUGCUUCAUAACUUCUGCGAAGUCGCCACCGACUUUCCGGGCCUGCUUCGACGACUACGCGACCCGCUCAACCUUCGAGCCUCGGAAGUCGUCGUCCAGUUCCCUUUCGCGCUGCCAGUUACGGAGGAGAAGACGGAGGAGGAACUUGCGCGUAUUGCAGAAAAGAGGAAGGAGCAAGGGAGGAAGUUGCAGGAGAUGGCUGCAAAGACGAGGAUGGAGAAGUUGCUGCAGAAAGAGAACGAUCUUCAGUAUCUGACGAACCUGAAAGAGUCGAAGGGAGUGGAUAGCAAGCGAGAGUGGAUGAGCAAAUUGCAAGCAGAAGGCCUAGAUAACGAAGCUGCGUUGGACGAAACAAUCAAGAGGCUCGAAAACGACCUGAAGAAGACCCGAAAGAAAGAGACGGGGGAGGCUGAUGACCAGCAGGAAGAGCCCUCGUUCCCUCUAGUCGAUGUGCCUGAUGCUGAGCUCGACGAGGAAAGUCUGAAAGAGAAGAAAAAACAGAAGCUCCUCAAAGCCGGGUUCGAGGCCCGUGCCCGUGCACGGAGAGAGAAGGAACGUGAAAGGGAAGAAAAAGAGCGCGAGGAGAAGCGCGAGGAGGAAGAACGCGAAGCUGACUUGGGCGGGUGGUCAAGGAAGCUGAGAAGCGAGCAAGAGGCGCUGAUGGCGAAGAUCAAGGAGCGAUCGAGGAGGAGAGCUGCACUAAAUGACAGGAAGAGUGCUGCUGCCCAGGCAAGGAUGAAGAAUAUUGCUUCGCUGGCAGCAGACGAUCGGGUGGGCCCCAAGGCUAAGAAGCGGAAAGGGGGAGGAGAGGAUACGUUCGGCGCAGACGAUGCUGAUUGGGCAAUUUAUCGUAAAAUCAACACAGCAGCUCCAUCAUCAGACGAAGAAGACGAUAUCGCCCAACUCCAGGUCAUCGAACAGAAACUCCUGCAGCACGACCCGACGUUUACAAACCAGCACACUCAUGCAUCAAUAACGACCCAACGGUCGGCACUCAUCACCGCCUUCCGACCCAUCUACGAAGAAGGCGACAUCGAGGGCAACACCCGCAUCCACCUCAACACCGAGCGCUGGCGUGUCUGCGAGGCCUACUUCUCUCCAGGCAUGGCAGGGGUCGACUCCGCCGGGCUCGCUGAGGUCAUCCAGAACCUCAUACCCUCGUUCAUCCCCUCACGGUCCAACCCAACGUCGCUCGACUACCUGGAGGACAGGCAGGCGGUCAUGCGGAAUCUAUUCAUCACGGGUGCAGCGUCGCAGACACCUGGGAUGAAGGAGAGGCUGUACGAUACGCUGCAGAUGCUCCUGCCGCCUGGGUCGAAAAUCAGUGUGACGAGGGCAGAGGAUCCCCUAUUGGAUGCGUGGAAGGGAAUGGCGGCCUUUAGUCGGACGGAGGAAUUUGGAAGAGUGGGCAUGUCGAAGGCAGAGUAUGAGGAGUUUGGAGGGGAGAGGGUGAAAAGGUGGUGGGGUGGUAAUUGGAAUGGGGAAGUGGCUGUGGACAGGACGGGGCAAGGCGAGGAUGACAUGCAAGUGGAUUGA